UAACAGAACUGGAAGAACAUAAAGAGACACAACUGCGUUCAAAUAGAUAUCAAACAGAACAGCUAUGGUUUGAAGAUGAUCUGCCUAAGCAGAAGAAAAGUAGAACUCUUUUGCCUAAUAUGACUAAAUAUUUCAGUGGUCAUCCUCAGUUGGUCUUCUUAACAUUCAUCUAUUCGACUUCCCUAGUCUUGCAUCUAAACAAAGGUCAAACGUAGUCCUGCUUGGGAGGGAACACAAAGCAAAGACUUCAAUAUCUAAAAUUCUACUUGGUAAAAAGUUCUCAACACCUCACCAGAGGGUGAAACAGACUAGCUCAGUGUGUGUGAGGAGGGAGAGAGAAGUGUGUGGACGUCUGGUCACUCUGGUGGAGAUGCCAGCUCUCUACAAUACUCAGUUCUCAGAGGAGGAAGUGAUGCAGAAGGCUUUCCACUGUGUCUCUGUCUGUGAUCCUGGAGUUCAUGCCUUUUUCAUAGUCAUUUCUGAAGAUGGCCUCACUGAUGAAGACAAGGGAGAAAUGGAGAUGAUCCAGAGAAUCUUCAGCUCAAGACUCAACAAGAACACUAUAGUCCUGAUCAGUCGGCAAUCUCGGAGCAAAGAACUAGAUGAUGAUGUUAAGACAGUAAUAAAGGGUUUUGGCAGACGAUACAGAUUCGUUGACAGCAAAACAGAUGCAACACAGCUGAUUAAAUGUUUGAAGGUACUUCAUAAAGAGAGCAGAGGGAGCCUGUAUACCAUGGACAUGUAUGUAGAGGCCCAGGUUGAAACACAGCUGAAAUACAAAAGAGAGAUUAAAAAUCUACGACAUAAAGUCAGCGAUUUCACACUGACAAGCUCAAGUCAAGUGCAAGGUUCAUCAAAAAGCCCUGAGGCAUUGCGGAUUGUUCUGCUGGGGAAGACCGGAGUUGGGAAGAGUGCAACAGGAAACACCAUCUUGGGGAAGGACAUGUUUAAGGAAGAUAUUGGUGGAUCAGUUACUGUUGUGUGUCAGAAAGAUUCAGUUGACAUAAAUGGGAGGCAGAUUACUGUGAUUGACACUCCAGGGCUGUUUGAUACUAAUGUUCCUAAUGUGGAGGUCACUAAAGAGAUCACUAAGUGCAUCUCCAUGGCAGCUCCAGGUCCACAUGUGUUCCUGCUGGUGCUGAGCAUCGGGCAGUUCUUCAGACAAGAGGAGCAAGACACAGUGAAUAUGAUCAAGGAUACUUUUGGUGAGAAAUACAAAAUGUACACUAUAGUGGUCUUCAGUAAAGGAGAUUUGCUAAAAGGAAACACAAUUGAACAGUACAUAGAGAAGUGUGGACCAACCAUGAAGAGAUUUCUGCUUGACUUUGGUAACAGAUAUCAUGUGCUCAACAACAGUAAUAAAAGCAGCUCCACCCAGGUCAUUGAUCUACUGGAGAAGAUCGACUCCAUGGUGACAGUGAAUGGAGGGAGCUGCUACACUAAUGACAUGUUCCAGCAGGUAGAGAAAGAGAUACUAACACAACAGCAGAGAAUACUGAAGGAAAAAGAGGAGGCCAUACAACGAGAGAAAGAAAAACUGGAAGCCAAAUAUAAAGCUGAAAUGAUAAAAGCAGAGAAUAGCAAAGGAGAAGGAAUAGAGAUACAGAAAGAAAAAGAAAGAAAAGCAAGAAGACAAAAAGAGCUGCAGUUAAAAAUUGAGGUGACUGAAAGGAAAAGGUUACAAAAAGAAGACAUAAAUAAAAGAAGAGAGGAAGAUAAGAAGAAGAUGCAAGAGUGGAUGGCUGAGAUUCACAGAGAAAGAGAAGAGAACAGACAACGGUGGGAGAAACAAAAAGAGGAAGAUCAGAGACAGAGAGAUCAGGAGGAGGAGGAAAGAAGAAAGAAAGAAGAAGAAUGGAAGAAGAAACAAAAAGAGGAACUACAGAACUUUGAGAAAGAAAGAGAAGACAUGGAGAAGAAAGUAAGAGAAGGACUAAUAAUGUUACAGCUGGAGUAUAUACAGAAGGCAGCAGAGGAGGAGAAAAGACAAAAUGAGCUGGAAGAGAAAAUCCAGCAUGCAGGGGAAAGUGAAAAGAAGGAGCUACAAGAGCUGCAGUUAACUCAGCAGAGAGAGUGGAUAAAGAGGAUGGAGGAGGAGGAGAAGAGGAGAGAAAAACAACUGAAACAUUGGGAGGAAGCAAUUGCAUCAAUGGAGGAAGCCUGGUAUUUACACCAGGCUAGAAAGCAAAAACAGUAUGAAUGGGAAAAGCAAAAAGAAAAGGAGGAGAGAGAUUUAAAAGAAAAUGAGAGAAAAGAGAAAGAAGAACAAGAGAGGAAAAGAAUAGAAAAUGAGGCAAAUGAAAAAAUAAGACAGAUCAAGGAACAAUUGGAGGCACAAAGAGAGAAAGAGGAGCAAGAAAGAAAAGAAAAUGAUCAGCAACUCAGAAAGGAAAAAGAAGAACAAUUCCUGAUGCAGAUGGAGACGUUUAGAAAAGAGAGAAAAGAGGUAGAGAGCAGAUGGAAUGUAUUUGAAAGGAAAAACCUUGAAUUAAUUAUAGAAAUUCACGCCAAAGAGAUUGAGUAUCUUAAAACACAGACUGAACAAACGGCAAGAAGACAGGCAGAGGAGAAGUUUCAUGCCAAACUUGAUGAAAAGGUAAAAGAAGCGAGAGACAAAGGAUUUGCAGACAGCUGUGCAGAGAUCGAGGCCGAAAGAGGUUUGCAUCAAUUUGUUAAUUUUGUUUGUAGAACAAAUAAAGAUAAAGUAGUGAAAAAUGAAUGAAAAUCUGAUAUGAAAGGAUGUUCUGAAAAGUGAAAGGAGUAAGGAGGCUUUCUACAUCUCAUUCAGGAGCUAAAACUUUGAACUAUGAUCUCUUUCCCCUCAUAGCUUGGAUCCUCAUGACUCAAUUUGAGCUGAUUUUAGAAAGCAGCUCACACAAGGCACAAAGCUAAUGAGGUGAAUGUCUCCAAGUGCAAAUAUGUGAUGCUCGUCACAGAUACACAGGGCUACUUUAAAGAGCUUCAUUACUUCACUAAACUUUCAGCGCUUACACAAAGAUUGAAUGUUUGUAGCCCAGUUAAUGUGACUCUGUAGACAUUAGGUGAUGUUAUUGUACUUUAGAAAUUCUACCCAUUUGAGCUGCUUGUUGGAGAUUCUAAUGCUUUUUGAUGUUUGAGAAAAGCUGUUUUUUGUUGUGUUGUCCAUUCGUCUCUUUGGUUGUCAUCAGAGAUGACCGUGAUAGGCCCUCUUCACAGUUUCUGCGUUUUUCUGCUGGAAGUUGCUCACUGCUGAAUUAAGCCAUUUCCACCAAAGAACAAUUGUAACAGUAAAGACUGAGUCCAAUAAUAAGAGCUUUUGCAGGAUCCCCUAGUGUUCAGACUAGAAGCAAAAACAAGUUCAUUUUCGAUUGCAGAGGAAAAAUAGCUUUGUGCAAUUAGGAGGGGAAGGACCUAUGUGUCAGUAUUUCACAGCUGCUGACAAAUGUUACACUAAAGGCAGUUCAUGCUUUAAAGUUUGUGCUGUUCUCAGCCACUGAGUGCAGUUUCUAUGUUCCCCCUCAAAAGCUGUUGGCAAAUUCACAUGAAAAAUAUGUACAGUGGUGUUACAGACCAUGACUACGAGGCCUGUCCCCUUCUAGCAUGCGUGCAUGUGUUUACCUUUUUGCCUACUACUUUAUUGGUAGCAAAUGGUUUCAACAUCUUCAGCUAACAUGGCUAAUCCAGCAUUUGAUUGUUGUUUAUUUUCACUAUUGUUUACUCACUCUGUAGACGAUAGUUGAUGUUAUCGUACAUAAAUAGAUGUGAAGGAAUUCUGUUUAUAUCCUUUAUUCAGCUUCGACUCCCACACACAUUGUGUUUGAGGGCCAAGAAUAUCAUGUUUAAUUUUUGCCAUCUGAAAAAUCACAAGGUAUCAUCAAACACAUGGUCUUAUUAAUUUUCAAUUGUCCAAAUAAAUCAUGCUCAGUUUGUAAAAGACUUAACCACUCUUAAAUGGUAUGUAUUACUUUUAAAAUUCAUAGAUGAGCAUUUCAUGUCUUGCUUUCUGUUCCAGGAUAUCACAAAAUAUAUAAAACUACUUAAUCACUACUGAGGUCACUACAUUAAUAGUGGACAGACUAUUGUACUUUUUUUUCCAUUAUGAAAUAAUUAUGUCUUAUUUAUGGGAAUGUGUUUUUAUGUGUUAAUUAUGUGUCAGUUCUGUGCCCUGCUUUACAUGUUUUACUUGGGCUGAGCAAUAUGACAAUGACUAUUGUUUUGAGGAGAAUUUUCUAAUAGUAUGUCACGAUAUGUUUUUCUGUAUUUGUCAGUGUUUUAAAACCACUUCCCAACUGCAUUUUGAUUAGAAAUAAUGUUUAAUUGGAAAACUGCAGCAAAAAAGAAAAAGAGAAUAAUGUAUCUAUCAUGACAUCACAAAUCAUGAAAACUACAUUUUUUGCAAUAUCAUCCACCUGUUUUACUAAUCAUUGAGUCUCGAUGUUCUUUACUGUGUUUUAUAUAAUUGUAUUAAAGUAUUAUCAUCUUUGUAUUACCUCUCAUAUUUAUAUAAUCAAGACCCAAAAAGAUAAUUUUUUCCCAUGUACUGCAGGCACAAUCUCCACCUUCUCCUUUACCUUUGUAUGUUAUGUUGAUGUAAAGUUAUCAGAUAAAAUAUUACAGUGAUUUUGAUGAAUAAUGAGGACACAGAGCUGAACAUGUGUCUGUUUAUUAGGAGGAAUAAUGUUAGCAUGGUCGGCUAAAGCAUUUGCGAAACUGAAACUGGAGAGUGGCGGUGCACAAAGCGCUGUCACGGUAUUCUUAACGCUCAGUUUAUUGCCCUUCAGUUCUGUUUGACCUUUUUAUAUGAAUAGCUAAUAGAUAGCUAACAUUAACUGUCUGGUUAGCUAACUUGACAUGACAGUUGAUUGUUGACUUUGAUCGAAUAGGUUAAGAUUUACUAACUUGAGUUAAGAUGCUGUGAGAUAGGAUUCCUAAAUUAAGAUUUGACCUCUCAGAUCUUAAGUUAUGACAGAAAGAGGACGUUUCUGUGAUACAGUCAAAGGUCUCCAGAAACUCCAUUGCUGGUAAUUACUUUAUUAUUAUUUUAUUCCCUUUACUAUAAAUAUGAGGUUAGAAACACAUAGAACUCCUUUGUAAAACUCAUUUAUCAGUAUCAUUGUAAAAAUAUUGAUAAAUAUUGAAUGUUUCUUUUUACAUAAGUUGUGUGUGUGUCGUAGCAGCAAGUAUUAUGUCUGUGUUUAAUCUGUACUUUGAUAAAGUAUGCUUAAGUAUUAAUUUUGUGUUGAAACAGUGCUUCAAUAAAUUAUGUUUGCAGUGGA